AUGGCGAAACUAUCUAUCGCCAAGCCCAGGGAUGAGGCCGGCAAGGCAUGGCCCGCCAUCUGCGUCGGCGCCUUUGUUGCGUUUGGCGGUGUUCUGUUCGGAUAUGACACAGGCACAAUCUCUGGCAUCCUCGCCAUGCCGUACUUCCAACACCUCUUCUCUACCGGCUACCGCAACCCGACCACCAACGAGCUCGACAUCUCCCCCUCCCAACAGUCCGCCAUCGUCAGUAUCCUGUCAGCAGGCACCUUCUUCGGUGCCCUAACGUCGCCUUUCCUGGCUGACAACAUUGGGCGUCGACUGGCCCUCAUUGCCUCCACUCUUGUUUUUGUCCUGGGUGUCAUCUUCCAGACUGCCGCCAUGGCUUUACCCCUCUUCCUCGCCGGCCGAUUCUUUGCUGGAUUCGGUGUAGGCCUCAUCUCGGCUCUCAUCCCUCUAUACCAAUCAGAGACGGCUCCAAAGUGGAUCAGAGGAGCUAUAGUAGGCGCAUAUCAGUGGGCAAUCACCAUCGGUCUUCUCCUGGCAGCUGUCGUGGAUAAUGCUACGGCCAACCGCAACGAUACCGGAUCGUAUCGUAUCCCGGUCGCUGUGCAAUUCGCCUGGGCGAUCAUCCUGAUCGGUGGCAUGCUCAUCCUGCCCGAGUCUCCGCGUUAUUUGAUCAAGAAGGGCAAGGGGGAGAAGGCCGCCCAAGCUCUGGGGUACCUUCGACGUCUCCCUGCGGACCACCCAUCUAUCGCCGCCGAGUUGGCUGAGGUCCGGGCAAACCACGAUUACGAGAUGAGCCUCGGAAAGGCGAGCUACAUCGACUGCUUCCGUGGAGACAUGAUCAAGCGCCAGUUUACCGGCAUGGCCCUCCAGGGACUUCAGCAGCUGACUGGCAUCAACUUUAUCUUCUACUACGGAACGCAAUACUUCAAGAACUCCGGGUUGAAAGACGCCUUCGUUAUCCAGAUCAUUACUUCUGUGAUCAACGUCUUCUCGACACUCCCCGGCCUGUACGCUGUCGAUAAAUUCGGCCGUCGACCCCUGCUGUUCUGGGGUGCGGUCGGCAUGGCCACCUCUCAGUUCCUCGUCGCCAUGCUUGGAACCUUGACAACGAGCCAGGACUCUGCCGGUGCUAUCAUCGUGCACAACGUCGCUGCGCAGAAGGCGGGCAUCGCCUUUGUCUGCAUCUACAUCUUCUUCUUCGCCUCGACGUGGGGUCCUCUUGCAUGGGUCGUUACGGGCGAGAUCUUCCCCCUGAAGCACCGAGCUAGGUCUCUGUCCAUCACCACUGCUACCAACUGGCUCCUUAACUGGGCGAUCGCAUUCAUGACGCCCUACCUUGUCAACUACGGCGAAGGCUAUGCCAACCUGCAGUCGAAGGUGUUCUUCAUCUGGUUUGGCUGCUGCUUCAUCUGCAUCUCUUUCGUCUACUUCUUCAUCUACGAGACCAAGGGUCUGUCCUUGGAGGAAGUCGACGAGCUGUACUCGGAGAUGAAGGGGUUGAGUGCUGCGAGGAAGAGCAAGAACUGGGUGCCCACUACCACCUUCCAGCAGCGGGGCUCCGUCGCUCACCAAGGUGGCGUUCUUGGGGGCGAGAAGGAGGCCAACUUGGAGCAUUCCGAGGGGCCUGUUGCUUAA